GGCGCAAAUAGAUAAGUUAGCGGAGAGGGAGAGAGAGAGAAGAUAAAUCCCAUAAACACAAAAACAAAAGAAAAUACUCCACUUAUAAUUGUAAAGAAACAACAAACCAGCACUAAGCUUCUCUUUCUCUCUCUCUCUCUCUCUCUCUCUCUCUCUCUCCACAUUCAUUCCAUUUCCAUCCGCACCUUUCGCCACCGUCCCGCCACCCAACUUGUCUUUACUUUAUUCUUCUCUUCCCUUCCCUUCCUCCCUCCGCCCUCACCUUACUCCCCCCCUCAAAUUACUUUAUCUGCUCCAAUUAUGAGCCUCAUUUGGUAAAGCUACGGAGAUUCCAACUUGUGAUCUUCAAUUUGGUCCACUAAUUAGCUACCAUGGCGGCCGGAAUCGGAGGCCAAGCUCAGCUCUACUACGGAAUGUCAUCCGCAGCGGUAAGCAAGCGUAGCUUGGAGUGGGAUCCCAGCGACUGGAGAUGGGACGGCGAUCUCUUCAUUGCUACACCGCUCAAUGGCGCCGCCUCUAAUUAUCAAGGCAAACAGCUUUUCCCCCUCGACACUCGAGCUUCCUCCAACACUUCUUCCUCCUAUUCCGACGAAUUGCAGCCAGAUACUAGGGAUUUGGAGAAGAAGAGGCGGGCUAAUGCAGUCGAUAACAAUAACUUGGCCGAUAAUCUCACUCUCGACCUCGGUUUCGCCACCACCGGGAAUGGGGAAGCAAUUGCUGGGAAGAAGACUAAGCUGGCUGGGGCUUCAUCUAAUCGAGCUGUCUGUCAGGUUGAGGACUGCGGCGCCGAUCUGAGUAAGGCUAAAGAUUAUCAUAGACGGCAUAAAGUUUGCCAGAUGCAUUCCAAGGCUAGCAAGGCUCUCGUGGGAAAUCAAAUGCAGCGUUUCUGCCAGCAGUGCAGCAGGUUUCAUGCACUUCUAGAGUUUGACGAGGGAAAGAGAAGUUGUCGUCGGCGCUUGGCUGGCCACAAUAAGAGGAGGAGGAAAACACAAACUGACAAUAUGAGUAAUAACAGUCCUGUUGAUAACAACCAGACAAGCAAUUACUUGUUGAUGAGCAUACUGAAGAUUCUCUCCAGCAUGCACUCUAAUAGGUCGAACCACAGAGAUGAUCAGGAUCUCCUGUCUCAUCUUCUUCAAGGUCUUGCCAGUCAGGGAUCCCUCCACUGGGAAAGAAAUAUAUCUGCACAUCUUCAAGAGUCUCCAGAUUUGUUGAAUAAUUUGGCUUCAGUUGGAAACUCUGAAUUAGUAUCUAUGUUGAUCUCAAAUGGUUCUCCAGGACAAAUUUCUAGACAAGAGCAUUGCAUAGCACUUGGUGAUGAAAUGCCACAAAAAAUUGGCAAUUUACAUUCCACGUCUCAGAGACCAGGCAUUGUGCUACACACACAAGCUGGUUCUCAAUAUGCCCAAGGGCUGGAGACUUCUGGUGGAAGGAGUAAACUGAAUAAUUUUGAUUUGAAUGACAUUUAUGUUGAUUCUGAUGAUGGAACGGAUGACAUGGAAAGAUCAACCGCUCCACAGGGUCUAGGUGCUGUUUCUAUUGGGUGCCCUUCAUGGGUGCAGCAAGAAUCUCAUCAAUCAAGUCCUCCUCAGACUAGUGGAAAUUCGGAUUCUGCAUCUGCACAGUCACCAUCCAGUUCCAGUGGGGAGGCUCAGAGCCACACAGAUCGCAUUGUGUUCAAACUAUUUGGAAAAGAACCCAGUGACUUUCCCAUUGUUCUACGAUCACAGAUUUUUGAUUGGUUAUCCCACAGUCCUUCUGAUAUAGAGAGCUACAUCAGACCAGGUUGUGUCAUUUUAACUAUAUAUCUUCGCCUAUCUGAGUCAGCAUGGGAAGAGCUCUAUUGUGACCUGAGCUCCAGUAUAAGUAGGCUGCUGAAUUUCUCUGAUGAUGUCAAUUUUUGGAGUACUGGAUGGAUCUAUGCGAGGGUGCAGAAUCAGAUGGCAUUUGUCCACAAUGGUCAGGUAGUUGUUAAUACAUCUUUGCCGCUUGGGACUGAUAGCUUUAGCUCAAUUCUGAGCAUCAAACCCAUUGCUGUGGCAUCAUCUGGGAAAGCCCAAUUCAUCGUCAAAGGCGUCAACUUAUCUCGACCUUCCUCUAGGUUACUCUGUGCACUGGAAGGAAACUAUCUGGAAGCUAAUAGUGAGUCAAUGGAACAUGUUGAUUCCCUUGAGCAUGUUCAGUGUCUCAAGUUUUCCUGUUCGAUUCCCGCAGUUACUGGAAGAGGUUUUAUAGAGGUUGAAGAUCACGGACUUAGUAGCAGCUACUAUCCCUUCAUAAUUGCUGAAGAAAAUGUCUGUGCUGAGAUUCGUAUGCUAGAGAAAGAGAUAGAAUUGAUAGAAGAAGAUCGUUUACAGAGAGGAACGGGGAGAAUUGCUGCAAGAAGCCAAGCCAUGGAGUUUAUACAUGAAAUGGGGUGGCUUCUCCAUAAAUAUCAGUUGAUGUCCCGGUCUGAAAAUGAAGAGUCUAACUUGGACUUUUUCCCUUUUGAACGGUUCAAGUGUCUUGUGGAGUUCUCAAUGGAUCAUGAUUGGUGUUCUGUCGUAAAUAAGCUCCUAGAGAUCUUAUUUUCUGGAACAGUGAGCAGCGGAGAGAAACCUUUCUUGAAGUUUGCUAUGUCUGAAAUGAGUCUGCUCCACCGAGCUGUGCGGAAAAAUUCAAGACCUCUUGUGGGGAUGCUGUUGAGAUAUGUCCCUGAAAAAAUAGCAGAUGCACUGAGUUCAGAAUACGGAUCCCUGGUUAGUGGUUAUCUGUUUAGACCUGAUGUUGCAGGACCUGGAGGUCUUACACCUCUUCAUGUAGCAGCUGGUAGGGAUGGAUCUGAGGAUAUAUUGGAUGCUUUGACUGAUGAUCCCGGAAAGGUGGGAAUCGAUGCAUGGAAAAGUGCCCUCGACAGCACAGGAUUCACACCUGAGAAUUAUGCCCGACUGCGAGGACACUAUUCUUAUAUUCACCUUGUUCAGAGAAAAAUGAACAAGAAGGCACCCUCUGGGCAUGUGGUUGUGGACAUAUCCGACACGCUUUCAGAGAGCAGCAUCAACCAGAAAACCAACGCCGCCACCUUUGAGAUUGCAGCAAGGUCGCAGACGAAACCAUGUGGUGUCUGCGCCCAGAACCUCGCCUACAGAAGUGGCAGCCGGACUCUUCUGUACAGGCCUACGAUGCUCUCCAUGCUGGCCAUAGCUGCUGUCUGUGUGUGCGUCGCCCUUCUUUUCAAGAGCUCUCCGCGGGUUCUGUUUGUGUUCCGGCCCUUCAGUUGGGAGAUGUUGGAGUACGGUUCCAGCUAAUAUCAUUACUAAUUUCUUCUACUAUGUAUGUGUAUGUGUAUGUGUGUAUUUAUUUAUAAACUGUAAAGCUGAGGCACCUGAGUAAAAGUAGCUCAUUAGUUCAGAUUUCACAUUUUAAUAGAAAUGACAAUAACUUAAUCUUGUAAUAUCGAAUUGUUUCACCAACUUUACUAUAUACAAAACCAGCCCUGCAAUGUGCGCCGCUUGUUUCUUCAAA